AUGGCUCCUUCAUUCUUAAGCUGCGCGGCAUUUCUUCAAAUUCCCCUGAUCGUUCUUCCUCUCUCUGUGACCGUGCAUGCACGGAGCUUGUCAUCACGUGAUGCUCUUCGAGACCUCCAGCCAGAUGCGAAUAUUCAUGAGAGUGCUUCAACACCCCACUUUAAAUCUUCUGCCGGAAAGCUGACUGCCACCAGCACGCUUCAACAGCCUUCACAGCACUCUUGGAAGCGCCUGGCCACCUCAUGGAAGUUGAUGUUCAGAAACCAACGACCUCAUGAGUCACAGCUUGAAAUCAGUUAUCGCAAUGACAACGCAGACGCUGGUAUCAGAAACACUGAAGCAGGAGAUGGUAUUGGUCUUGCGGUUACUUCGCUGAGCCAUUUGUUUCCCUUGCGGACACUGGCCUCCAGGAAGCAGGUUCUUGGGGGGUCUGGAGCCACUUUCUUUGAGCAGGACGCCAAUGCCGGGAGCAUUAACAACCUAGGAGUUACCAACAGUCAAAGAAGCAGGGUGGGAGAUGGCAUGGGUUACGCUUCAAGCUUUCAGGGCAAUACAAUGGCCCAACAAAGUGCAACUAACCCUACUAUCCCGACAGUGUAUGCUGGGUCUAGUGUCUCUACUACAGCCGCAACAAAUGGGGUAGGGUCAUCGUUUCCUUUUGCAGGGCUGGGAACGACUGGCAAUGUGUUUGUUGGCGUGGAUGGUCAGUUGAUUCCAACAGGUGCAAGCAUUGGAGAUUGA